CAAGGGGUCCACCGGAUCUAAUUGGAAAUUUUCAAGUUUCUAUUUCUAUUUAAAAAGGAACUUUUGUUCCAUUUCUUUCAGUGGCCGACCUCGGGAAAUACAUGUUGGUGGUGUGAGCGGGACGCCGAGCGAGAUACAACUUAAGCUGUCAGUGGCUCUUAUAAACCCAACACACAAGAAACAUUUGAUCAUGGCGUCUGUAUGUAUAGGAAAUCUUGUGCGUAAUUCUGCAAAAGUUUUCCGUAAUUCUUAUAUCACACAAGUUAGAACUCCAUACGGGUUACAGAUUAGGUGUUGGAAUAGUACUACACCUGAACCUUCAAGCAAGCCCUUAACCAGUGUUCCAGCAUCAGAUACCAUAAAACAUGAGGGAAGUGGUAACCAGCUUAUUAAAGUUAGCAAAGCUAUGAAGGCAUAUCAAGAGAAAGCACAGGCACUUGAUGCACUUAUGUUUGAAAAAACUACGGAGUAUGAAAUUGGUCGUCGUCAUCUUGCCAACAUGAUGGGAGAAGAUCCUGAAACUUUCACAGAUGAAGAUAUUGAUACAGCUAUUGAGUAUCUUUUUCCUUCUGGAUUAUUUGAACCACGUGCUCGUCCAUUGAUGAAGCACCCUACUGAGGUUUUUGCACGGAAAAAAGUAGCAGAAUUUGAUGAAACUGGACGUCCCUUCCAUGUAUUAUUUUACACAGGCUUGCCUAAUUACUACCAAGUUUUGCAUGAUUUAAGUGAGAAGGUACGAGAGUUGGAUAGUUUCUCUGACCGAAUGAUGCAAUACAACAUACAUAAAGAUCCAGAAAGAACAUUGAAUGUUGGGGGCACAGAAUGGGUUAAGAAAGAACAGCUGGAAGAUAUUCUUUUGGAAAAAUUGAAAGAUAAGCAAUAUGAAUUCUUCGUCAGAUCAAUGAAUCGUCUGUUAGAUCACCCAUUCUCCUACAGAGUUGAAGAAUUUAUUAUGAAGUUCAGGAAGCAUGUACAGAUAUCAGUCAUACAUAAAGAAAUACCAAAGCUCAUGUUUACUGCAGAAGGUACACCGUACAUGGCUGCAGUAGGUAGAAGAAAAACAAGUACAGCAAGUGUGACUGUAUAUGGAAGAGGCUCUGGAAAGAUAUCUAUCAAUGGUGAAGAUCUUCUUUACUUCAAAUAUAUUCAGGACCGAGAGCAAGUUCUGUUUCCACUUCAGUUUUCUGGACUUUUAGGCAAGGUUGAUGUUGUUGCUGAUGUUGAUGGAGGUGGAUUUUCUGGACAGUCUGGAGCUAUACGUUAUGCUAUAUCAAUGGCCGUGCGAUCUUUUGUUGAUGAACAGAUGAUGGAAAAAAUGAGACUAGCUGGACUUCUCACUCGUGACCCUAGGAGACAUGAAAGGAAAAAGCCAGGCUGGAAGGGCGCAAGGGCAAAAUAUACCUGGAAAAAGCGAUAGAGGUCCUGAAGAUAGUAAUAAUUAUGGCCUACAUGAUGCACAGUAACUGUUUAGGGAAAAAGCACAAACUUGUAGGGUUCAUUCAUAGUGCUUGGAGAAUGGGAAGCAGCAUGUUUCUAUUCAAGGAAUGGGAGAACCAGUCCAGUUCCUUGAGUCAAGAAACUCUCAAUAUUAUUAUAGAGUUAAGCACCAAACCCAAAAGGAUCAUUCGGUAUUGAAAGUUUCUCACCAGCUAGGUGAGAUUGAAAAAAAAAAUUGUAUGGUAAUAAACAUGUUGCUUAACAAGUGAAAAAA